UUCUGGGAAUUUUUUCCAAUUCCAAAUUCUACAGUCAUAUGAUUUUUAUGCACGAAUUUUAAAUUAUUCAUCAUCAUCAUCAAACAUGUCUUCAUAUAAAUUUGGAAUUGCCAUUUGUACAUUGAAUCAACUAUGUUUAGAUUUCAAAGGUAAUUUAUCUCGAAUCUUGACAAGCAUCGAUCGAGCCAUCGAAUUGGGCGCUUCUAUUCGUUUGGGUCCUGAACUCGAAAUUACUGGCUAUGGUUGUGAGGAUGCAUUCUAUGAAAUUGAUACCGUAUUUCAUUCAUGGCAAGUUCUUGGUGAAAUUCUCAAGAAAAAUUAUAAAAACAUUAUAAUAUGUAUUGGUAUGCCUGUCAUUAAGGAUUCUUGCCUAUAUAAUUGUGUUACGAUUAUUUAUAAUUCGAAAAUUGUUUAUAUCAGAGCUAAAAAUAGAUUAGCUAUCCAUGGAAAUUAUAGAGAAAAUCGUUAUUUUAAACCCUGGAAUGAUGGAACGAAUGGAUCUAUUUCAUGGUUCGAAUUGCCACCGUUAAUAACGGAAAUAUGCGAACAAAAACGAGUACCAUUUGGUGAUGGGGCAAUCAUAGAAAUCAAAGAUAAUGUCAUCGAAAACAAUGAUUUACAAGCUUCGUUAGGUGUGUUCCGAAUUGGAUUUGAAAUCUGUGAAGAAUUAUGGCAUGCAGACACUCAAAGUAAUCGUCAUUUUGGUCUACGAGCAUGCCAUUUGGUUGUUAACCCAUCCAGUUCAUAUUGGGAACUCCGAAAAUUAGACAAUGCAUAUAAUCAUGUUCGUUCAGUUACCAGCAAAACUGGUGGUGUCUAUGCCUAUGUCAAUAAUAUUGGGUGUGAUGGCGGUGGUCGUCUUUGUUUUUAUGGGCGAAGUUUUGUUAUGGAAAAUGGCAAUUUACUUUCAAUGUCAAAUGUAUUGUCUGAUGAACUUUUUGAUGAAGUUUCUGUUACCGUAUCGGCAGUGGAUCCAAUCAAUAUUCAACAAUUUCGAUUACAAAAUAAUAUUCCAAUUCGAAGUUGUACUGUUUCGGAAAAAUUUAUCAAAUUCAACGAUAGCAAACCUUAUGAAAAUAGCAGUAUGCUUUAUUCAAACAUAUCUGAUGUAAAUACUAUCACGAUAGAAAAUUGUGGAUUUUUUAAGAAUUGGAAUUUUGAAAUUCCACAGACUAACAUUGCCAAAAAUUUUGUAGGACUUUGUCCUGAAGAAGAAAUAAUGCGCUAUUGUUCAUUAUGGUUAUGGGAUUAUCUACGUCGAUGUAUUCCUGGUGGAAUCAAAGGAUUCAUUGUGCCUUUAAGUGGUGGCUUGGAUUCAUCUUCGGUUGUCUGUAUUGUCUAUUCACUUUGUCGAUUUCUGCAUCAUCAAAUUUAUUCGGUUAAAAAUCAGAAUGUAAUUAAAUCAUUGAAAUCAAUUUUAGAUAUAGAAGCUCAUGAAUUGCAACCACAAGAUAUAUGUCAACGAUUGUUACGUUGCUGCUAUUUACGUACUAAAUUUUCCGGUCAAGAUAGUUAUGAUCGUGCCAAAAAUCUUGCCCAAUUGGUUGGAGCUGAUUUUCAAACAUAUGAUUUAACCGAUAUUUAUCAGAAAAUUAUCGAUACAGUACCAUUAGGUAUUAAGACAAAAUCUACCAAUGAUGUUACCAUACAACAACAAAAUGUACAAGCUAGAAUUCGAAUGGUUCUCACCUAUUAUAUGAGCGAAUGUAAUCGUUUAGUAUUGGCUACAGGAAAUGUAGAUGAAGCUCUUGUUGGCUACCUUACCAAAUAUGAUUGUUCAUCUGCUGAUCUAAAUCCAAUUGGUUCAAUUAGUAAAAAUGAUCUGAAAAGAUUUAUGAUUUAUUCGAAACAAAUUAUUCCGAAUUCUGAACAAGUUUUAGAUCAUAUUAUCAAUGCUAUUCCUAGUGCCGAAUUAACUGGUCAGGAUCAGAAAGAUGAAGAGGAUUUAGGAUUAACAUAUGAUGAACUGAGUUUAUUUGGCCGUAUACGUCGUGGAAUAUAUGGUACAUAUGGGCCAUAUGGAAUGUUUUGUAAAAUCUGGAAUGAUCGUCAUGCCGAUCAUGUUCGACAAGUGUUUAAUGGACAAAUGGUUGAACCAACAUUAUUAGCAUCAAAAAUAAAACGAUUCUUUACAUUAUAUGCACGUAAUCGUCAUAAACAAACAAUAUUGACACCAAGUCUUCAUACGGAAACUUAUUCACCAGAUGAUAAUCGUUUUGAUCAUAGGCAAUUUUUAUUCAAUACAAAAUGGCCAUGGCAAUUUGAACAGAUUGAUAAAAUGAUUGAACAAAUUUUAAAUGGAUAGAUAGAUAUAUCCAGGUUUUUUUUUCCUGAAAAUAAUAAUAAAAAAAAACAACCAUAUAUAUGAAAAAUUAAAAAGUCAUUUUUGGUCUCUUAGCAUUAAUUUUUGCAUUACAUUUUU